AUGAAUUGUCUUGUUAGAAACGGUAACGGCACAAAUAUUGACGUAAAUGAUGGACACGCCAAGAAUGGUCACGCCAUUGAUGGUCACGCCAUUGAUGGUCACGCCAUUGAUGGUCACGCCAUUGAUGGUCACGCCAUUGAUGGUCACGCCAUGAAUGGUCACGCCAUUGAUGGUCACGCCAUUGAUGGUCACGCCAGUGGUGGUCACGCCAUUGAUGGUCACGCCAUUGAUGGUCACGCCAUGAAUGGUCACGCCUUUGAUGGUCACGCCAUGAAUGGUCACGCCAUUGAUGGUCACGCCAUUGAUGGUCACGCCUUUGAUGGUCACGCCAUGAAUGGUCACGCCAUUGAUGGUCACGCCAUUGAUGGUCACGCCAUUGAUGGUCACGCCAUGAAUAGUCACGCCAUUGAUGGUCACACCAUGAAUGGUCACGCCAGUGGUGGUCACGCCAUUGAUGGUCACGCCAGUGGUGGUCACGCCAUGAAUGGUCACGCCUUUGAUGGUCACACCAUGAAUGGUCACGCCAGUGGUGGUCACGCCAUGAAUGGUCACGCCAUGAAUGGUCACACCAUGAAUGGUCACGCCAGUGGUGGUCACGCCAGGAAUGGUCACGCCAUGAAUGGUCACACCAUGAAUGGUCACGCCAGUGGUGGUCACGCCAUGAAUGGUCACACCUUUGAUGGUCACGCCAUUGAUGGUCACGCCAAUGGUGGUCACGCCAUGAAUGGCCACGCCUUUGAUGGUCACGCCAUGAAUGGUCACGCCAGUGGUGGUCACGCCAUUGAUGGUCACGCCAGUGGUGGUCACGCUCUGAAUGGUCACGCCUUUGAUGGUCACGCCAUGAAUGGUCACGCCAUGAAUGGUCACGCCAGUGGUGGUCACGCCAUGAAUGGUCACGCCAUUGAUGUUCACGCCAUUGAUGGUCACGCUAGUGAUGGUCAAGUCAUGUACGAUCGUGUUAGUGAUCCUGACCGUGAUGGUGACGUUAGUGGCUGUGACGUCAGUGAUGAUGACGUCAAUGAUGGGUGUACCAGCGAUGUAGGGUUACACGAGAAAGAACAUCUCCUUAAAGGGUGA